AAAUCUAUGAGUUAAUCAGAUGAAGAAUAGAACUUCAACCACAUAGAAUUUAAUGAAUAGUACGAAGAAUAUUCAAAUAUCAUGAAUAAUAAUAUUACACAUUAUAGAACAGAAUUUAAAUAGGAAAAACCUUAAGUUACGAUUUAAAGAUUUUAAACUUUAAUGCUUAAUGAAGCUAAUACAAAAAAUAUCCCAAAAACAUUUGGAAACAAUUUUAAGAAGUUCAUGGAUAAUAUAAUAUUAGAAGAUAAGGGUUAAAUAAAUAAAUCAGAAAUUCCUUAAUGUUUGGAUUAGUUUUUAAUUAAAAAAAGUAAAGGACAAUAAUCAAGUUACAUACUUAAAGAUUUUAAAACUUUAUUUAGUAAUGAAAUUUGUAGUAAGUGGUUCUAAUUUUAUAUUGAAAAUUGUGCUUUUUUAGAUUUAUUACAUUCUAAUAGAAUUGAAAAUGUGGAGGAAUAUAUACUCUUUAUAGAAUAAUAUUUAGCGGGAGCUUAAGAUCCAGAAAACUUUAUAUCAAAUCGAUAAUUAAAAAGAAAGAAAGAAGAGAUCAAAAUAUAAAAAGCUGAGAGAAAAUUAGAUGAGCUUAUUUUAGAUUACGAUUCUAAUAUACAGCUUUUAGGCUAUAACGAUAAUUAAUCUUCUAAUAAUCAUAAAGUAGAUGACGAAAGUGACUUCGAAAUGAGUGUGAAACCAUUACUUAGAAAAAAAUGA